UUUGCGACCCUCGAGGACGUAGCCAUGGACUUCACCUUGGAGGACUGGGAGCAGCUGGGGCUGGACCAGGGGGACCUGUUCUGGGACACAGCACUGGACAACUACCAGAACCUCUUCCUGNCAGAUCCCCCCAGACCCAACCUGCCCUCUCAUCCAGAUGAUGGGGAAGAGCUGGCGGCCCUGGCGAAAGGAAGCCCAGAGUCAACAGACCCUGACACUGCUGAGGGCAAGACCUCUCCUCUGCCAGAGGACUUCUUGGAAGAAGGACUCUUCGAGGAGAUUACCGAGAUGUUUUCCAAGGAUGGCUUCUGGAACUCCGAUCUGGAAGAAGCCUGCAUAGAUCAGAGCUGGUUAGAUAGUUUGCUUGGAGAUCCGGAAAGUCUUCUGAAGUCCGAUAUUGUUACCAGCAAUGAAAGUCCCACAGAAUGCAAGAGCCACGAACUCGAGAGCCACAAACUCAAGAGAGGCCUUGGUCCCAAGUCCCUCCUUUUCCCAGGAGCAGGUUCUGUGACUCUUGAUCUUCCUGAAAGGAGCCUGACACCAGCUAAGUCUCAGGAAAGUGGGAAUGACUUUGGGUGCUACUCAGACCAGAACCAGCAGGAUAACAUCCAGGGAGGGGAGAAACCAUAUAAAUGUAGUCAGUGUGAGAAGAGCUUCAGCCAGAGCUACCAUCUGAUCCAGCACUGGAUUCUUCACACUAGGGAGGACCCCACUGUGCCUCAAGAGAAUGAGAAAGAUGUCAACCAGAGUUCUUGCCUUUUUGUGCAGUCAGUGACUCACACAGGCUCCAAAUCCUAUGUGGGUAACAAGUGCGGGAAGACUUCUAGUCAGAAUACAUACCUCCUGUGGCAUCAGAACAUUCACAGUGAAGAAAAACCAUAUAAGAGUCAAGACAGUGAUGGUCCAACAGGUCAAGACUCACAGCCUGUUGAGUGUCACAACCCACCCCCAGGUGGCAAAUCCUACAAAUGUAAUGAACAUGGUGAGAGUUUCAGCCAAACCUUUCAUCUCACCCGGUAUCAGAAAACCCACACUCGGAAACUCUACGAAUGUGCCAGUUGCAAGGCGAUCUUCAACUUUAACAAACACCUCCUCCAACAUCAGAAAAUUCAUGCUGCAAAAACGACUGCUGUGUGUCAGGAGUGCGGGAAGGCCUUCAGGCGAAGCUCCUUGCUUGUCAAACACCAGUCUGUUCACACUGGAGAAAAACCUUAUAAGUGCGAUGAGUGUGGGAAAUGCUUCAGCCAUAUCCUGACCCUAAAGACCCACCAGAGGGUUCACAGGGGCGAGAAGCCUUACGAAUGCAACAAAUGUGGGAAAGCCUUUUACCGGAACACUCACCUUAAUGAACACCAGAGGGUUCACACGGGCUACAGGCCCCACAAGUGCCACCAAUGCAUCAAGAGUUUCACCCGGCCCUCCCACCUAAAUCGACACCUGUCCAUUCACGCCACAGAAAAGCCCUACAGCUGUGCCGAAUGCAAGGAGACCUUCAGCCACAAUGAACACCUUGUUCAGCACCAGAAAAUCCACACUGUGGAAACCCCCUACGAAUGUCAGGAGUGUGGUGAGCGCUUCAUUUGCCACUCGACCCUAACUUGCCACCAGAGCGUUCAUACCAGAGAAAAACAAGGACUCGACGAGAGCAGGAAGAUCUUGAAUGAGAACCCAGAGCACAGAGAGCCUCCAAGGGUCAGCGAGAAGAGCUUUAAGUGUAACAAAUGUGAGAAAACCUUCAGCUGCAGCAAAUACCUGACUCAGCAUGAGAAGAUUCACGCCAGGGUGAAGCCCUUUGAGUGUAACCAGUGUGGGAAGGCCUUUAGCCAAAGUUCACAGCUCAUCCGCCACCAGAGGAUCCACUCUGGAGUGAGGCCGUAUGAAUGUAGGGACUGUGGGAAGGCCUUCGUUUAUAGUGCCUCCCUUGCCAAACAUGAGUCCAUCCAUAAGAGUGAGCACUCCUUUCAAUGUAACAAAAGUGGAAAGACCUUCAGCCAAAGUGCAUGUCUCUCAGAACAUCAGUUAAUCCAAACUGCGGAGAAGCCCUUUAAACCUAACAAGUGUGACGAAGUCUUUGCCUACAGUAACCACCUCGUUCAGCACCAGAGAGUUCACACUGGAGAAAAGCCUUACGUUUGUCAGGAAUGCGGGAAAGCCUUCAGCCAGAGCUCGUGCUUUUCUAAGCAUCAGAGAGUUCACACAGGUGAGAAACCCUACGAAUGUGGCGACUGUGGGAAAACCUUCAGCCUGCGUGCUCUACUCAUCCGACACCAGAGGAUUCAUACUGGAGAAAAGCCUUAUGUUUGUCAGGAAUGUGGGAAAGCCUUCAGCCAGAGCUCAUGCCUUUCUAAGCAUCAGAGAGUUCACAGUGGGGAGAAGCCUUUUGUGUGUGCCGAAUGUGGGAAAGCCUUCACCCAGAAAGCAAAUCUGAUGCAGCAUCAGAGAACUCACACUGGGGAGAAGCCUUAUGCUUGUGAUGUGUGUGGGAAAGCCUUUGGCCUUAGAGCCCAUCUCAGUCAGCAUCAGAGAAUUCACACCAAGGAGAAACCACAUCAGUGUCCACAUUGUCAGAAAGCCUUGUGCUGCUGCUUAGGUCUUAGCCGACAUCAGUGAGUUCACACUCCAAAGUAG